CUAUCCUCACACUACAUGAAGUGUUGCCGUUGGUGAGUAUGGCAGCUGCCACCUAUCCUCACACUACAUGAAGUGUUGCCGUUGAUGAGUAUGGCAGCUGCCACCUAUCCUCACACUACAUGAAGUGUUGCCAUUGAGAGUGGGGCUCCGCAGAAACUGUCAAGGAUGUUGUGGACUCUGGACAAGGUGGUUCGGGUGGAGUUCUGGGGAGGAGUGAGCGCCCUACUGGCCACUGUGCUCAGUGCUCUGGGCAUAGUGUCCUGCCUCCUGGCCUUCACUACACUCUGGCUCAUCACUGCUGCCGUCUACCUGUACACAGCUGACAUGAAGGAACCAGCAGUGGGGAAGUAUGUGGUGGUGACGGGCUGUGACAGAGGCUUCGGCCAUGCUCUGGCUCUCCAACUCGACAAACUGGGAUUCCGGGUGUUUGCUGGGUGCCUGCAGGCUGAUGGGGAGGGCGCUAAGAUCCUCAGACAAGAGGGAUCCCGCCGCCUCCACGUCCUGCAGAUGGACGUCACCAGCCAGGAGCAGCUGGACAAGGCUGCCGAAGAAGUCAAAAGCCUAUUGCCCGAGGGAGAAGGUGUGUGGGGCCUGGUGAACAACGCCGGCUUGCUAUGCAUGGGCCCCGUGGAGUGGACCUCCAUGGACAACUUCAGGAAACUACCGGAGGUCAACCUCUUCGGCCUCAUUGCCGCCACCAAGACCUUCCUACCACUUGUCCGUCGCGCCAGAGGUCGAGUUGUGAAUGUAUCUAGCAUCGCUGGUCGCUUUGGUCAAGCAUACAUGAGUGCUUACUGCGCCACCAAGUAUGCUGUAGAAGGAUUCAGCGAUGUCCUCAGACAAGAGAUGAGUGGGUUCGGUGUCAAGGUGUGCAUCGUAGAGCCUGGCAACUUCGCUGCUGGUACGUUGCUGUUUGGACCGGACCUGGCAGGACCGGAGAGAGUGAAGGCCUUGCUGGCAACUGUCAGUGAUGACGUCAAAAAGGAUUAUGGCGAAGAUUACCACAAACGUCUCGAAGGUUUCGUAAAAAAUAUCUACAAGGGUACAGCUAAGGAUAUCAGUCCUGUGAUUAACGCGUUCACAGAGGCGCUGACGCAGACCUACCCGCAGGACCGCUACUGCCCCAUGAGCGCCCAAACCUACAUGGCAGUUUUCGUCAACACUCACUUCCCAGCCUGGGUCUACGACACUCUCUUCGGUGGUUAAAUCGUUGUUGAUUCUGCAAGAGCCAUAUUUGAUCAUGAAGAAUCGCAUUUGAUCCUACAGAAAACAUAAAUGAUCUAACAGAGGUGAAGAUAAUUCACUUUGUAGUUCAAUACUCCUGUGCAUAUGAGGAGUCACAAUAACGUGGCUGAAAUAAGUUGACCAAACCACACACUGGAAAGUGAAGAGACGACGACGUUUCGGUCAGACCUAGACUGUUCUCAAGUCGAUUGUGAUCACAAUCGACUUCAGAAUGGUCCAGGACAGACCGAAACGUCGCCGUCUCUUCACUUUCUAGUGUGUGGAUUUGGUCUUCAAUAUUCCUCUUACACUUCACAAAUGCAGUUUGCCAAAUCAAACACAAGAUGGUUGAAAAUCAAUAAAUCAGACGAUUCAGCAGAUUAAUGAGA